AUGGAGGCCAAGGUGCUGGAGCCAAAAAGAGGAGUCCCGACAGGCAUUGGCGGAGCAGAGCUCAAGUGCUGUGAAUCUGCCGCUGCCAGUAGCAAGGAAAAGGAAGAGGAGGAGGUUGAUGCCGGCUUAUCACAGUUCGUUCAGAAGUUGGACGAGUGUUGGAAGACUCUUGAUGCGAUGCAGCGGGCUCUCGAAACUGAGAGCGGUGGACCGGGAGAGUCCACUGGAGCAAAAGGAGGGGCAGCAGAGCAAGCGGAAGAGGAAGAGGAAGAAGACAAGUCGGAGGAACGGCUGAAGACUGUCGAUAUGCUGCAAUGGGUACUCCGCUCUGCAUCCCAGAUUGACUGGGGUGGAGCAGGUCAGCCUGAAGAGGCAAACGGAGGGGUAGCAGCAAAAGCAAGAGCAGGGGUCAGUCCAGAGCCGCGUCUGUUGCUGUCUCAAGCGGACAUGGUUCACUACUUGGACGUGACGAGUGGAUGGGAGGAUCGCGCAACUGCAGUGUGCGAGUGUUGCUUUGACCGUGCGGUGGGCCCGCGAGCACAGCGAGCACUUGGCAUCAACAACCUGGAAGACUUGCGUCGCCACCUCUGCAAGGAACAGCCUCGUUGCAUCCCCACUGCAGAUUUCGCGCAGCUGCACCGGGCCAAUUUCGAGUACUCUAAAGGGGCAUUGGUGCAGGCGCUACAAGAGGGACGUAAAUUCCCGCCUGCGGAACAGUUUGCAUGGAAGGCGGUGAGGGCGCCUCGCCUCUGUGCAGAAGCCAUGCUUCUCGAGUGGAUGGCGGAGCCUCGUGUGGGCGUGCUCAUGGAUCUGGGGAGGAUCAGAUCCUGCCUGCCAGGUAUUUUGAAUGGGGCAAGAGCUGCACGUGAUGAUCUACCGUCUCCUGCUUCAUCUGCUGCUGCUUCCGCUGCUUCAUCUGCUGCUGCUUCUGCUGCUGCUGCUGCUGCUGCUGCUAAUGCUGCUGCUGCUGCUGACCCAUCUGCUACUGCUGCUGCUGCCCCAUCUGCUCACUUGGACUCGCACUCAUCUUCCUGGCCAGCGAUUGUUGCUGAGCUGGGGGCAGUCAGACAGGGGGAGCGGGACACGUUGGCUUCCCUGCUCGUGCAGGUUCUCGGGGUGAAGGAGGGUGCUGAUCUGAGGGACGGGUUUGGGUUCUACGUGCAGCAUCUGUUAUCAGGCGGGCUGGAGAAGGCGCACCCGGGGGAGAGAGGGGGAGGAGGAGACAGGGGAGAGGCGGCAGAGAAGACGGUUGCGAGGGGGAAGGGGAGAGGUGAGGGUGUAGGAGAAGGGCCUGCAGAGCAGAGGGGGGGUUGGGGGGGGAUGGAGCAGGAUAUUGGUGGGGGCAAACGGGGAGAGAGAAGGCCCGUGGGGAGGUUGGUGGAUGCGUCACAUAGGAAGGAAGAUAGGAGACACGGAGGGGAAGAGGCACGGAGCAAGGUAGAGAACAACGGGGUUUCGGGCAAGUGCGGGAGGUUGAGGGAGGAUGUGAAUUGGAGGGAGAAUCUAAAAGGACCCAUGUGGAGGAGGUAUGUGGAUGGCAUGUCAUGGAUUCUGGAGCAUGGAGCGGGGGAAGUGAGGCGGUUCAGGGGCAGCCAUUGCAGUGGAAGGGGCAGCAGUAGCAGCAACAGCAGGAGUAGCAGCAGCAGCAGCAGCAGCAGCAGCAGCAGCAGCAGCAGCAGCAGAAGCAGAGGCAGCAGCAACAACGUCAACGGAGCUGGAGGCACCAAUACGUGCAGCAGUGCUCCGAAUGGUAUGCACGUGACUGGUGUAGGUGCGACCGAUUUCGCCCUUGCUGUCACCACAGUGUUAUCUAAACCAGAGCACUGGGAGAAUGCAGUGUUGUUCUUCCAUGAUGGGAACAACGCGAGCAAGAUAGGGAUUAAGAAUGCAGCUAUUCACGUGGCCCGAAAGAGGCUGCUGCGUCGCAUGAAGCAGAAAAGGGGGGAGAAUAUGCUUGGGGGAGCAGGAGCAGACACAGGAGUAGGUCAGCUGCCUAUAGCCAUCACUGCAAAUGCUAGGCACGUGGAUGUGGAUGGGUUUGUGCCUGUCAAUACCAACCCUGUGGUUGCCGCAUUCACCUAUCGUGCUGGCUGCAUCUUGCAGUGGGUGCGAGUCUACGGCUCAGAUUCCAUCUCGGAGACACAAUGCUUCCAGGACGACCCUCAGAGCAAGGUCCUGCCCAUGCGCCACCCAUUCCGAGACCUCCCAAGCCUGCUGGUCAGGUUCGGCGCCAUCCCCAAGCCUGUAGAGGGAAGCAGCGGGUUUUUGGAGUGGGAGGAGUGGCCUCGGGGCGAGGAAGCUGCUGUAAGGUUUCCUGGGAACCGAAAGGAGAGGUGUUUUGGGCUUGGGAUUGUGGAGGAGCGUGGUGAAGCAGGUGAGAAGCUGACGCAGCAUCCUCCGCAACACACGUCUGAAGCAGGAGGGGGCAGCAGCCGUGCAAAGGAGAAGGGAAGCAAGGCAGUAGGUCAAGGAGCUAGCCAGGAAGCUGAAGAGAGCAGAGCGUGUGGAGCAUCUGAAGCAGGGGGGAUCAGCAGGAACGCAAGGAGGAAAGCGUGUAAGGCAGCAAGAACUGGUAUGGAAGCCAUUCUGAGCAGAGCGCGUGGGACAGCUGAAGCAUCUCGAACAGACGAGCAGAAAGCCAUGCUGCCCCCCCCCAGAAGGAAGCUUCCUAUCGUUCGCUGCCGGGCAGACGUGGACUUCCUGGUGGGGAUUGCCGGGCAUAUCAUGGACCCUCCUGCCUGCACCCAGUGCGGCACGUGCUCCUUAGAGUUCAUGCAAUCCGUGUGCAUGGCUGCUCUCAUCGCCAACUUUGCUUACCGUCCAGUAAGCCAUCUGUUCUCCCGUGUGCUCUCCGUCUUCCCGCCCUCCUCUCCUGGAUUUGACGAGCUGGUUGAGUGCCUGGAGCUUCCUGGAAGCCUCCCCAGGCCACUGAACCUGCACAUGCUGCUGAGACGAGCCGAGCAGGUGCCUCUGUAUUUCCUCAUUCACUCGGCCGUGUGGUGCGCUCGUCCUCUUCUCAAUCUUGCUGGGUUCGACGGAGGGGAGGGAGAGAAAGGGCAGGGAGUGCAGUCAGGUGCACGGAGGAAAGGUGCGGCGGAGGAAGCGGGAAAAGGUGGCAGUGUGAAGGUGCAAGGCGGCUGGGAUGGUGAGAUGGAUCAGGCAAAAGGUGGGGAGGUGUGGGAGGAGGUGCGAAUGUGGUACUUUGCAGCAAUGAAGACGUGGAUGUCGAAGCUGAGGGUGGAGGGAGGGAGCGAGGAGGAGUGCAGAGGCAGCAGAGAGCGCGAGAGGGCGCCAGGGGGGCUCGACAUCACGUGGGCUCUUGCAGCGGCGGUCGUCCCGAGGUACUGUGAGCGGUUGCAGGGGCAGCGAGUGCCUGCUAGGGGGAGCAGCACUGCGAGCAGCAGCCACAGCAGCAGCAGCAGUAGCAGCAGCAGCAGUGAGAAGAAGGGCAAGGAGGGGGAGGAGGCGGCUUAUCUGAAGGCAUGGCCGGGGGGGGUCAAUGUGGUGGCGUGUCUGCGAGAGAUGCUGCUGGGGGAGCCGUGCUACCGCCCUGCCUCUCCUGCUGCUAUGUCCACCCAUGCUACUUCUUCCACCCAUCCCGCUGCUGCUAUGUCUUCUCGUCCUGCUGCCUCUCCCACCCCCACUGCAAUAAGCAUGGGUGCUGCUGCUGCUGCUGCGGCUUCAGAUGCCCAAGGCCUUGUGUGCGGUGCUGUGGAAUGUGGGAUGGUGGAGGGUGGCGGAGAGAAGCUAAGGAGGUGCGGUGGGUGUGGCAAGGUGGCGUAUUGCAGCAGAGAGUGCCAAAAGGCGCACUGGCCCUCCCACAAGCUCACAUGCCCUGGCAGUAGCGGCGGGAAGAAGAGAGUUAAGGAUGGGAGCAGAGAUGGCCGCAUGAGAGUUGGCACGGAGAGUGUUUGUGAGGGUAGUGAUGAGAGUGGUAGUAAGGAACGAUGGGGGCAUGGUGGAGAGAAGAUUGGCGGGGUCAGUUGCAUAGGGAGGUGCAAGGACAGUGCCGGGCACAGGUGUGAAAGAAACAGGGAGGAGAGCUGGAAGGAGGGUGGCAAAGUCGAUGGAAGGAAGGAAGAGUGA